GUUACGUUUGUAACGUUGUUGACUUGCUAGUCGGAUUGUGGUGAUUCUUCGAAGCCUUUUCUCCCUUUCUCUCGAGUAAAAAUUCUGCGACGAUACCUGCCGCAAAUAUGUCGACUGUCAGCCUUCAGGAUCACUUUAUUCCGCUGAAAACGGACAAACCCAGUGAUCCCUCGCGGUUUAAACUGGAAAGCCCCGAUCAGAUUCCACAAUUUCUGGCUGCAUUACAACCCCCCGCAUCCAGGAAUGUUGAAGUAGUGCAUUUGAGCGAUCGCGGGAAUAUCAGCAUCGGGAAAGAGGUGGCCAAAGUUAUUGGCAAUGCAAUGGCGAACUGCGGAGAACUCAAGGAACUUCAUAUGGUUGCCGCGUUCAAAGGCCGCGAUAUCGAUGAAGUGGUACAGUGCCUGGAAUCCCUGGCCGCGGGCAUAGCGCGCUCCGGAUGCCGUCUGCGGCUGCUGGAUCUGUCGGAGAACGCGUUGCGGGGCACGGGCAUCCGCGGCAUGGCGGCCGUGUUGACGGGGCGCUGCUGUUACGGGCUGCAGGUGCUGCGGAUGAGCGACCAGGGACUGAGUCCCGAGGGCGGACGGGAGCUGAGCGCCAUGCUGUCGGAACUGCUGGCCAAUGCCGUGGCUGAUGGCGAGCGGGUGAAGCUGCGCACCGUCAAGGCCUCCAAGAACCGCCUGGAGAACGGCGGGGCGCUGGCGCUAGGGAAUGUCUUUGCGACGAUGGGUUCCUUGGAAGAAGUGGAGAUGUACCAGUGUGGCAUUCAGUCCGCGGGUGUGGCCGGUUUAAUGCGGGGAUUAGCGCAGAAUAAGGGGCUGCGAUUUCUGGACAUUCUGGAUAAUACCGCCAAUGGUGAAGCGGAAGUGGCCAUUGCUGAGGCGGUUCCCAAUUGGCCGAAACUAGAGGAUCUCCGUCUGAAUUCCUGUCUUAUCAGUUCCAAGGGAAUGGUGAAAAUCUUGGCUGCUCUCCAGAAAAACUGCUCAUCACUGAAAACAUUAGACAUCGGCGAAAACAAUAUCGAUAAGAAAGAGCACCAAGAAGUCUUGGAUCUGCUGUCGCGCAUGCCCGCCCUGCAGGAGCUGGUGCUCAAGGGCAACGAUUUCUUCGAGAGCCGCACCAUGAGGAAUUUGUUCGAAGCGCGGUUCAGAGAAAUGGGAAAGGAAGGAGUGAUUAAGGCACGCCUGGCCGGUGGGCACACGUAUGAUGAUGCGGGCAGCGAUGAAGAAGAGGAAUCGGGGGAGGAGGAUGAUGUGGUGGAGGGCGAGGAGAACGCCGCCUAUUCCGUCGACACUAACGGCGAGACGCCCAGCGAAGGCGACGGCGAUGAGGUGGAUGAUUUCCUUCUGGAGCAGCACGGCGAGGGCAUGUGGGAUGUGACUUUCCCCUCGUCGGCGGCCGAUGAUAGUGAUGCGUUUGCCGUUGUGGAUCGGUAUGGUCAACGACUGGAGCGGAACAACUGUUUCAAAUAUCUCGGAUAUACCGUGACGCAGCUCAACACUAUGUUUGAGGCGCAGCAGUAUUAUCAGGUUAUCCACCGUCUGGUUGUCAUGGUUGGUGACAAUAUUCAGAAACUGGCUGGCGAGGAAGACCAUAUUCAGCGUUUACUCGCGGAUCAUUUGUUGGAAGCAACACUGCAGUACACGGAGUAUUUGCUGUCAUACGCCAUCAUGACGGCCGGACACACAUUUUUUGAGGAAUUCUUCCGAUGCUGCGGACUGUUUGGAGCGACUGCCCCCGUUGUGCUGACGAGUAAAAUUCAACUGUGUGCACUGGCAUGGAUUUUACGCCAUGUUCUGUCCGGAAACUAUAUUCCUGUCUACGCGCUCUCCCAGAUUGACCGCGAACUGAAAAGCCCGAAGAACACGGCAUUGGUGGCGAGUCUGCGGAAUAUUGAGGGAUUUUUAACCGUUUUCGGCGAAGUGCAACGACAAUCUCAGCUGUAAAUUAUUUUAUUGGUGUUGGAAUUGAAGUGGCUCUCAAUAGUUUUGAAAGUUUCGCUGGGUUGAAUUAGCAUUUUUUGUGCUAGUGGGUGUAUUGCGUCGACCUCUUUUUCUGCACAGUGAGUUUGGUUUUUUUUUAUUUGUGCGAAGACUGUUUCUCCACGUAAUUUGAAGGAUAACGAAGGCACCAAAGCUGGAAAACCACAGAAAACACUGUAAUAAAUUAAGUGCUGG